AUGGAUAAAGUCUGUGCAGGGGGUCUGCUACGGCACGCUGCGUUUGGAGCUCUAUGCCUAUUGGUGGGCUGCGAGAGGCGCUUGGAGACGCUUGAGAAGGCAGAGCACCGCUGGGCCUCCACUGCUUGUGUGUUUGCAGUCCAACAGCUCAGUCUCCCUGACAGAAAUGCGUCCACGUUGACUGGCUGCGCUCAAAACGCUCCCAUUGGAAAAGCUCUGUGGGGCGCAGGAGAAGACAAGAAAAUAUGGACAAAAACACGAAAUUUGCUCAUACAAAAGAAGCAGGGAAAUUAUGCAGAGGCUCUGAAAGAGGACCUCCUCCUGUCCCCAAAGGCCUUUAAAUCAGCCCUAUUUUGCCCAGAGGUGCUUGCAUCUCCGCUUGCAGCUGGUAAAUCCUCCCCUGCAGCUCCCUCUGCCUCACAGCCAUACCGCCAUACCCACCGCUCUGCACCCUCGCACCCCCUCCUGCCCCUCUCGCCCCCUCCCGCUGUGUCUCCUGAGAGGCUGUGCAGCAGGAUGCGGGGCGGACUGCGAGCGUGUGCACUGGCGCCCCUGCUGGCCCUCCUUCUGCUUCACACUGUGGAUUGCGGACUCACUGGAGGGGACACUGUGGUAAAUAUGAGAAAGGUGACCCAUAAGACCAUCACAGAGGAGCUGUCCAAAACAGUGCUUCUGCCCUGCCUCUUCACUCUGCGUCCAGGGGCCAGCUUUUCCCAUGAGCCCCCCAGGAUCAAGUGGACCAAAGUGUGGGGUCAGCGGGGCUCGGAUGGCCUGCAGAAGGAGCAGUCUGUGCUGGUGGCCAAAGAUAAUGUGGUCAAGGUAAAAAAGGCUUUCCAGGGCCGUGUAUCCCUGCCUGGCUACAAUGAGAACCGCUACAAUGCGUCUCUGGCUCUGACCGGGCUGCGCUCCAGUGACUCAGGGCUGUACCGCUGUGAGGUUGUAGUGGGAAUCAACGAUGAGCAGGACACAGUGCCCCUGGAAGUCACAGGUGUGGUGUUUCACUACCGGGCGCCUCAUGACCGUUACGCUCUGACCUUUGAUGAUGCCAAGCGGGUGUGUGUGGAGAACUCCGCGGUCAUCGCCACUCCGGGUCAGCUGCAGGCUACAUUUGCUGACGGCUAUGACAAUUGUGACGCCGGGUGGCUCUCAGACCAAACUGUGCGGUACCCCAUCCAAUCUCCUCGACCUGGUUGCUAUGGCGAUCGAGAGGACUCACCUGGAGUGCGAAACUACGGCAAUAGGUCCCCUGACGAGCUGUUUGAUGUCUACUGCUUCGCUAAACAGCUCCGAGGUGAUGUCUUCCACACCUCCGUGCCAGAGAAGCUAAACUUGGCCACAGCCUCCACUCACUGUCACUCUUUGGGGGCUCAGCUGGCUACAGUGGGGCAGUUGUACCUGGCAUGGCAGGCCGGACUGGACCAGUGUGACCCAGGCUGGCUAGCAGAUGGCAGCGUGCGCUACCCCAUCAACGUUCCCCGGAAAAACUGUGGAGGAGACGAGCCCGGAGUACGGACAGUUUACAGCAACCCCAACCGAACUGGAUUUCCUGAUACUACUGCACUAUUUGAUGCAUUCUGUUUUGGAGCCCACCAGCCACUCGGAGUCCAAGCAGUAGAGGCUGUGUACAAGGCCUCCAAACCAGAGGAAGAAACCAUGUCGUCAGUCGGUGAAACCCACAGAAGCUCCCCCUAUGCUGAGACCUCAUCCUGGACAGGUCUUGUCAACUUGGAAAACUCAAAUAUCCGCUCUGUAGCAGAUACUGACAAUUCCUCUGAGAUUUCCGAGGAGCAUGUCAUGAUUCAUCUAAUGCCUGAUAGUAACUCCAAUGCUUUAGGCCUAUUAGAGCAGGAGAACAUUGAAAGCCAUGGUGGUGCAGCUAGAGAAGAAGACAGUGAAGAAGACAGGCAUUCAGCCAACAUUUCAACAUCUUCAGCUCAACACCCCCAGAGCAGCAACAGUGUACUAGCUGACUUUGUCCAUACUUUAAUGAAGCCUUUUAGGUACCUGACUGGAGACAAGGCAAUGGAGGAUGCAGAAGUAGGAACGUCAAUGCCUGUAGAAGAAGCAACAGAGAACCAUGUAUUGACCGAGAUGCCCAGUAAUAAUCUGAGUGAGCCCAAAACAGACAAGGGAAGUUUGGACAAUGCAAUACUUGAGCAUAGGGGCUUUUCUUUUCACCCCUCUACAAACGGAAUAGAGUCUUCUGAAGAGGGAUUGUCUGAGCAGGAGAAGGAGGUGAUGCCGCUGGUAAAACUGCAGCCUGCUGUUCACAACACAGAGCAAAGGGACAGCAGCAUGCAACAUGAAGAAGCAGCUACUGGCACCACAGCUAAUGACUUCUCCACAUCUGCCCCCACUGAACCACCUCCGCACUCUGUCAAAGUGUCCAGCCCACAGGGUCCCAGGGGAGGGCCCGCCUUCAGCCCCGGCCCCAGCAGUCAGUUCCGCUGGGCCAUCAAAUCAAUGCGCGCCUCUAAACUAGGUCCCCCUGGAAAUAUGGGUUAUGUGGGGAAACUCCAACCCCACUGGGAACCUAUGGAAGCCAAAGCCGCCCCGUUAGAAAUUAUGACCAUGCCCAUAUCAAGGCAACACGACAACCCAGAAAACUACUCGGGCGAAGGUAAAGAAGAAGAGGAGGAGGGGGCAAAUCGUCCACCUUCAGAGGAGGAGAGUGACACAGAGGGGAGUGCGAGAGAGGAUGUUUUAGCGGAGAUGUUUGAGCUAAAAGGCAAUGAGAGUUCGGAGUCUGACCUGAGUGAAGACAUGAACGAUGUUGUUACCGUGGCAGAACACACUACGCUGUCCCGUUGGCAGCUAGUAGAGCAGCCCACCACUGCGCCUAAGGGCCCCCCAUCUGAAGAGGCCAAAGGGGAGAUCCUUUUUGUGCGCAGACCAACUGAGCAACACAAAGAAGAGACAAGAAGUGUACUGAACUCUGCUUUUACUCCAAAAAACACUAAACUAACACUGGCCCAACAAAGCAAGUCAAGUGAGGUCUCCACACAAGUGCUGACUACUACAGCAGUGACGGCGACUAGAGAAAUGGAGAGGACAGACCCUACCACUGCACCAAACCCAGCUGUCAGGGUCCCAACAGAGGAGUCUAUCUCAAUCUCAUGGGUGCUACCAGGGGACAGCUCCUACUCCACUGACCGCGAGACAAGCACAGACAUAAUUCAGCUCACCACACAGGCCUCAGAGGUGCGCCUUAGUGUUACCCAAAUGGAGUCUAGAUCUGCUGUGUCUGAGUCAUUUGUAGUGGGGAGUAAGUGGACACCUUUUAAAAAAUCUGAAGAAAAGAAAACGGUGGAAUCGACUGACAACAAUAAAGACAAAACGAACCAACCAUUUAGCUUUCUGGUUCCCAACUGGGCGUUCGGACUCAUCCCUUCAGGAGAUAGUAACCCGUGUCAAACCAACCCUUGUCUCCAUGGUGGCAGCUGCCUGCAGGAGGGCGACGGUUAUAGCUGCUACUGUCCGCAGGGCUUCUCAGGAGAGAGCUGUGAGAUUGACAUUGACGACUGCCAGUCCAAUCCAUGCCAGAACGGUGGAACCUGCAUCGACGAGAUCAACUCCUUUGUGUGCCUUUGUCUGCCCAGCUACAGCGGCGCCACCUGCGAGAAAGAUACGGAGGGCUGUGAGCACUCCUGGAGGAAGUUCCAUGGACAUUGUUACCGGUACUUCAGCCGCAGACACACGUGGGAGGACGCUGAGAAGGACUGCAGGGAGCACAGCGGGCACCUGGCUAGUAUCCACAGUGCAGCAGAGCAAAACUUCAUCAGAGGCCUGAGCCAUGACAACACGUGGAUCGGCUUGAAUGACCGAACUGUGGAAGAUGAUUUCCAGUGGACCGACAAAAUGGACUUGCAAUACGAGAACUGGCGUGAAAACCAACCCGACAACUUCUUCGCUGGAGGAGAAGACUGCGUGGUGAUGAUCGCUCACGAGAAUGGCAAAUGGAACGACGUGCCCUGCAACUACAAUCUGCCCUACGUGUGCAAAAAGGGAACAGUGCUUUGUGGAGCCCCUCCCUCAGUGGACAACGCCUUUCUGAUUGGUCGAAAACGCUCCCACUAUGACAUUCACUCAGUGGUGCGUUACCAGUGCGCAGACGGCUUCCUUCAGCGCCACGUGCCCACUGCCAAGUGUCGCGCCAACGGCAAGUGGGACCGACCCAAAAUCAUCUGCAUGAAUUCACGGAGGGCCCAUCGCUACAGACGUCAUCACCACAAGGGCAGGAGGGAGCGCAGGAAGCACAAGAAGCACGGGCACAGAGAGGGGGGGCAUCAUGGGGCGGAGCAUGACCACGGCCACGCCCACUUCUGAACCAAAUAUCACACCCGUCCGCCCUCUGUCUCCUCCUCCUGAUGCCGGCUGCCUUCCCACCUGUAACACCUAAAAUGUGUAA